UUAUCGACAGAGAGCCCGCAGGUCCGAUUCAGCGGGAAAGGAGUACUCUUUCAAUUUGCUCAAUUCCAUGGCGCCUGCGUUCUCUGCUCCUUCUUUGAUGGCAGAGGAGGAAUGGAGAUUUGAAACGGAGGUUGCGGAAGUUGAGAAAUGGUGGAACUCAGAAAGGUUCCGGCUAACUCGCCGUCCAUAUAGCUCAAAGCAGGUGGUGUCUCUUAGAGGCAGCCUGAAACAGAGCUACCCAUCAAACGACCUAGCAAAGAAGCUGUGGAGGAUCCUCAAGACCCACCAUGAAAACAGAACUGCUUCAAGAACUUUCGGUGCACUGGACCCAGUCCAAGUAACCAUGAUGGCCAAGUAUUUAGACACGGUUUACGUCUCAGGGUGGCAAUGCUCUUCCACCCAUACUACAAGCAACGAACCAGGGCCUGAUUUGGCUGACUACCCAUACGAUACAGUCCCUAACAAAGUAGAACAUCUCUUCUUUGCCCAGCAAUUUCAUGACAGGAAACAGAGGGAAGCUAGGUUGAACAUGAGCAGGGAAGAGAGACAGAAAACACCAUUCAUAGAUUAUUUGAAACCCAUAAUUGCAGAUGGUGAUACAGGAUUUGGAGGGAUAACUGCAACUAUGAAACUCUGCAAGCUGUUUGUUGAACGUGGAGCUGCCGGCGUCCACAUUGAGGAUCAAUCUUCUGCAACCAAAAAAUGUGGUCAUAUGGCCGGAAAAGUUCUGGUUCCAACUAGCGAGCACAUUAAUAGGCUUGUAGCUGCGAGGCUACAGUUUGAUAUUAUGGGUGUAGAGACCGUUCUGAUAGCUAGAACUGAUGCAGUGGCUGCUAACUUAAUCCAGACCAAUAUAGACACUAGAGACCAUCAAUUCAUAUUGGGAGCCACAAAUCCCAAUUUUAGGAGGAAAAGCCUGAGAGACGUGUUAGCAAGAGCUGCAGAUGAAGGUAAGUCCGGGGAAGAGAUGCAAGCCGUAGAGGAUGAGUGGUUAACAACGGCGGAACUGAAAACCUUCUCCGACUGUGUCAAGGAUGCAAUCAGUCAGUUGAAUUUACCAGAGACAGAAAAGAUAAGGAAAACAAAUGAGUGGAUAAGGCUAUCAGAUUAUUCUAGGUGCUUGUCCAAUUAUGAAGCUAGAGAAAUAGCAGAGAGGCUUGGUAUGGCAAAUACAUUUUGGGAUUGGGAUUUGCCUAGAACUAGAGAAGGGUUCUAUAGAUUUAAAGGUUCUGUAUUUGCCGCCACAACAAGAGCAUGGGCUUUUGCUUCCCAUGCAGACCUAAUAUGGAUGGAGACAUCAAGUCCUAAUGUCCAAGAGUGUACUGAAUUUGCACAAGGUGUGAAAUCUCGUUACCCCGAGACCAUGCUAGCCUAUAACUUGUCACCAUCUUUUAACUGGGAUGCAUCAGGAAUGAGUGAUGAAGAAAUGAAAGACUUCAUUCCAGAGAUUGCUAGACUGGGCUUCUGCUGGCAAUUCAUCACAUUGGCAGGAUUUCAUGCAGAUGCAUUGGUGACUCAUACCUUUGCAAGUGACUUUGCAAAGAGAGGGAUGCUAGCCUAUGUGGAGAAGAUACAGAGGCAGGAGAGAGCAAAUGGGGUUGACGUGCUCCAGCAUCAGAAAUGGUCAGGUGCAAAUUAUUAUGAUUCUGUGCUAAAGACAGUGCAGGGUGGCAUUUCUUCUACCGCCGCCAUGGCGAAAGGAGUUACUGAAGAACAGUUCAAGGAAGCACCAAGGGAAAGAGAUUUGGAGAUGACUGAAGGCAGUGCUGGUGUUAUUGUCCAUUCAAGGAUGUAGGAACUUGAAGAAUCCAUGUUUCUUU